GGAGCCGCCUUUUUAAAAUAUACAUUUUUUUUUCUCUUCCCCGUCUUGCAGACACUCUACACGUAGAAACGCUGGCAAAAUGCACCGAGGAACCGUAUUGGCUGCAGCCUCAUAAAUUUUUGUAAAUUUGUUCUGGAAAGCGAAGAAUUAAAGCGAGAGAGAUUUCAAAAGAUUUUAGUCUGGGCUAAGCGGAGAGCUCCCCAUGAAGAGGACAAAAGUGGCAUUUGCGGUGGGGAGGAGAUGGAGGCGAGGAAGAAAAGAGGAGCGAUUGACGGCGCUGCCUUGUGAAUGCAAAGGCUGUUUUCCCAUUUAGGGAGAGAGACUCGGUGCGUGUGUGAGUGCGAGGGAGGGUGCGUGUGGUGUCUCUCUGUCUCCCCCACCCCACCUCUCCGCUCUCACUCUUUUUUUAAAUCUAUGAGCCUAGCCAUGAGUUGCCUGUUGAUUUCCUCUUGACUGGCGAGAGAGGAGAGGGAGGCAAGCAAACUGAAAUUAAACUGCAUCGAGCAAAAAGUGCAAAGCUCCUCCAGACACGCACAGAGGCAGCAGCGAGAGGCGGGCGGGCGAUGUGGUCGUGGUGGUGGCGGCGCCGGCGCCAGCAGCAGCAGCAGCAACAACGGCGGAGGCGGCGGUUCCUGAUCUCCCUUUCAGAACCCCUCAGAGUGCCUUUGACGGGGCUGGCUAUUUGAAUUUUUAAUUCGCCCACCCCCCUUCCUUUUGCCAAGAGACCCGCUGCAUAUCCGGAGGAGGAUCGGCUCUGGAGGGCUCGCAAUUCGCUCUUUCCUUCUAAAGAAGAACCGGCAGCGGGGGGAGGAAUCUGGUGUGUAGGAACUACAAAUCCAGAGGGACUCUAAUAUUUUGAUUUUUGGACCCGGCAGUUUCCCUCCCCUCUGAUGGUUAUUGUUUUUGGCGUCGCAGGAGGAGGCAAAACGUGUGUCUGUGUGUGAGAGAAGCAGAGCGAUUUCCCGAUGGCAGGCAAAGAGAUGCGGCUCUCCGCAGCAGCCAAGCAGGCGAGAUUAGAUCUCUAAAUGCAGCAAAAGGCUCGCUGAAAAAAACCAACAAGCCCGUGGGGCCGUCAGACGUCGCCUGCCACCUCCUUUCUCCCCGGUUCCAGCCAGCAAGACUUGGCCGAGUGACUCUGUGCUCCCCCAUCGCCACCUCAAGCUUCCCCUUGCCGCCCCCCACCCCGUCUCUCCAGCAAGCCUUAGCUGUUUACAAGUCGCCUUGAAUCAAGAAAGAAACCACUUCCUUUAGAGAGGGGGGAAAAAAACUCACAAAAAACUAUUCUCCCCUUAAUUUUUUUUCUGGGACUCAUUGCAGGCUUUUUCUUUCCCCCCACUUUUUGAUUAAAAAAGAACACACAGUAUAUUUGCGGAUAUUUCUCGUUUGGUGUUUUGUUCUCCCCUCUAGAAAAGAAGGUGGUUUUGUAUUUCUCAUCCCUCCUCCUCUCUGAAGUUGGACAGAGCAAGUGGAAACUGCAGCAGGAACCAGGAGGAGGAGGAAGGGUCGAAAAAGAGAGAGAACCCCCCCCCCCCCCCGACCGCUGGCUGCCUUGCUCUUUCUUCCCUGCCUCCCUUUGCCAGCUCCAUCCAUGGUGGUGCCGGGGCUUUGCGGAUCUUUUAGAGCAACAGGUUCUGGAACUUGACAAGGCAGGGGUGGGGAGGGGGGAGGCAAGGGGGAGGGAGAAGGUGGAAGGCGGGGGAGGCAGCAAGGGCAGGGGGAGCCGAAUGUGGAGAAGCCAGCCAGGACUGCGGGAAGCCGGCCUCGUCGGGUGGGCUUCAGUGUCUUCCACGGGGAUGUACCUUUCCGUCUGGUGCUUCUUCCUCUGCUGGGCUCCUGCCCUGACGCUGAAGAACCUGAACUAUUCGGUGCCCGAGGAGCAGGGCGCCGGCACAGUGAUCGGCAACAUCGGCCGCGAUGCCCGGCUGCAGUCCGGUGGCGGAGGCGGCGCAGGGUUGCCGCCGGUGGAGCGCGCCCGCGGCGCCAAGUCCACGUUCCGCGUCUUGGAGAACUCGGCGCCUCACCUGCUCGACGUGGACGGCGAGAGCGGCUUGCUCUACACCAAGCAGCGCAUCGACCGCGAGGCGCUGUGCCGGCGGAGCGCCAAGUGCCAGCUCUCCCUCGAGGUCUUCGCCAACGACCAGGAGAUCUGCAUGAUCAAGGUGGAGAUCCAGGACCUGAACGACAACGCGCCCGCCUUCCCGUCCGACCAGGUGGACCUCGACAUCUCCGAGAACGCCGCGCCGGGCACCCGCUUCCCGCUGGCCAGCGCGCACGACCCGGACGCCGGCGAGAACGGCCUGCGCACUUACCUGCUCACCCGCGACGACUACGGCCUCUUCUCGCUCGACGUCAAAGCCCGCGGCGACGGCACCAAGUUCCCCGAGCUGCUCGUGCAGAAGCCGCUGGACCGCGAGGAGCAGAGCCACCACACGCUGGUGCUCACGGCGCUCGACGGCGGCGACCCGCCUCGCUCGGGCACGGUGCAGCUCAACGUGCGCCUCAUCGACUCCAACGACAACAGCCCCGUCUUCGAGGCCGCUUCCUACGUGGUGGAGCUGCCCGAGAACGCCCCGCUGGGCACCGCCGUCAUCGACCUCAACGCCACCGACGCCGACGAGGGCACCAACGGCGAGGUGCUCUACUCCUUCAGCGGCUACACGCCCGAGCGGGUGCGCGAGCUCUUCAGCAUCGACCCCCAGACGGGCCUGAUCCGCGUCAAGGGGAACCUCGACUACGAGGAGGGAGGCCUCAUCGAGAUCGACGUGCAGGCCCGCGACCUGGGCCCCAACCCCAUCCCUGCCCAUUGCAAAGUCACCGUGCGCCUCGUGGACCGCAACGACAACGCCCCCACCAUUGGCUUCGUCUCUGUGCGCCAGGGGGCCCUGAGCGAGGCCGCGCCGCCUGGCACGGUCAUUGCCCUGGUGAGGGUGACUGAUCGGGACUCGGGUAAGAAUGGGCAGCUGCAGUGCCGGGUGCAAGGGGACGGCAGUGGUGCCGAUGGAGCGGUGCCCUUUACGCUGGAGGAGAACUAUGACAACCUCUACACUGUGGUGACUGACAGGCCCUUGGAUAGGGAGGUCCAGGAUGAGUAUAAUGUCACCAUCCUGGCUAGAGAUAGUGGCAACCCCCCACUCAAUUCCACCAAGUCCUUCACGGUGAGGAUCCUUGAUGAGAACGACAACCCGCCCCGCUUCAGCAAGAACCUCUAUGUGCUGCAGGUGCCCGAGAACAACAUCCCAGGCGAGUACCUGGGCUCUGUGUUGGCCAAGGACCCAGACUUAGGCCAGAAUGGCACGGUAUCCUACUCCAUUCUGCCCGGGCAUGUGGGUGAUGUCUCCAUCUACACCUAUGUCUCUGUCAACCCCACCAAUGGUGCCAUUUAUGCCUUGCGCAGCUUCAACUAUGAGCAGACCAAGCAUUUUGAGUUUCACGUUCUGGCCAAAGACUCGGGCUCCCCCCACCGUGAGAGCAACGCCACUGUCCGCGUCACUGUUCUUGAUGUCAACGAUAAUGCCCCCCUUAUUGUGUUGCCGGCCCUUAUCAAUGACACUGCGGAGCUCCAGGUCCCACGUAAUGUUGGCGUGGGAUACCCCGUGGGCACUGUCCGUGCCUUGGAUAGUGAUUUUGGGGAAAGUGGGCGCCUCACAUAUGAGAUUGUUGAAGGCAAUGAGGAGCACCUCUUUGAGAUGGACCCUUCAAGCGGGGAGAUCCGCACGCUGCACCCUUAUUGGGAAGAGCUGAGCCCUGUGGCUGAGCUCGUGGUUAAGGUCAGUGACCAUGGAAAGCCCAGUCUUUCAGCAGUGGCCAAACUGAUCGUCCGGGCCUUGGCUGGGCCUCUGCCCGAAGCGGGUGAGCCCCAGGUGAAUGGCGAGCAGCACCGCCGACAGCACUGGGACUUGUCGCUUCCCCUGAUCGUCACCUUGAGCACUGUUUCCAUCAUCCUUCUGGCCGCCAUGAUCACAAUCGCAGUGAAGUGCAAGCGGGAGAACAAGGAGAUCCGUACCUACAACUGUCGUAUUGCUGAGUACAGCCACCCUCAGCUGGGUGGAGGGGGUGGUGGCGGAGGUGGGGGAGGAGGCAGCGGAGGGGGUAAGGGCAAGAAGAAGAAAAUUAGCAAGAAUGACAUCAUGCUUGUGCCCAGCGAAGGGGAGGACAGCCGGGGGCCCCUCAAUGUCAUGAACGUGGUGAGCAGCCCCUCCUUGGCCACAUCGCCUAUGUAUUUUGACUAUCAGACACGGCUGCCCCUUAGCUCGCCCAGGUCCGAGGUGAUGUACCUGAAACCUGCCUCCAACAACCUGACUGUGCCCCAGGGACAUGUGGGGUGCCACACCAGCUUCACAGGGCAAGGGACUAACGUCAGUGAGGCUCCCCCGAGCCGGAUGUCCAUAAUUCAGACAGACAAUUUUCCCGCAGAGCCCAAUUACAUGGGCAGCAGGCAGCAGUUUGUUCAAAGUAGCUCCACAUUCAAAGACCCUGAACGAGCCAGCUUGAGAGACAGUGGGCAUGGGGACAGUGACCAAGCUGACAGUGACCAAGAUACUAACAAAGGCUCCUGUUGCGACAUGUCAGUUAGAGAGGCUCUCAAGAUGAAAACGACUUCAACUAAAAGCCAGCCGCUCGAACAAGCAUUCCCGACUUUGCUUUCCUUUGCUAUCCUCACCCUACACACCAUCACAAGUAGACUUCAGUCUGUUGAUCUGCUUCUGCCAGAACAGCAAGGGAGAGGCCAAAGACCCAUUGUUGGGAUCUGUGGACCGGCCCGCUGUAAGGAAGGAAAAUUUUCAGAACAAGAGGAGUGUGUUAAUUGCACAGAUGAAUGCCGAGUGCUUGGUCAUUCUGACAGAUGUUGGAUGCCCCAGUUCCCCACUGCCAACCAGGCUGAAAAUGCAGAUUAUCGAACAAAUCUCUUUGUCCCCACUGUGGAAGCUAAUGUUGAGACUGAGACAUAUGAAACUGUGAACCCCACGGGGAAAAAGACUUUUUGUACAUUUGGGAAAGACAAGAGAGAGCACACUAUUCUCAUUGCCAAUGUGAAACCUUAUCUCAAAGCCAAACGUGCCCUGAGUCCUCUCCUCCAAGAGGUUCCCUCAGCAUCAAGCAGCCCAACCAAGACCUGUAUUGAGCCUUGCGCCUCGACAAAAGGACCACUGGAUAGUUGUGAAGUCAAAACAGGAGCCUUGGCUGAACCCAGCAGCCAGUACAUGACAGCCACAGACAGUCAAUAUCUAUCACCUAGUAAACAGUCCAGAGACGCUGCCUUCAUCGCGUCUGAUCAGAUGGCUAGGGUCUUUGCCGAGGUGCAUUCCCGAGUAAGCCGAGACUCCACCGAGAUGGACUCUGUGUUGGAGCAGAUAGACCGUUCAAACAGGGAACUAGGGAGAGAGUCGGUGGAUGCGGAGGAAGUCGUGCGGGAGAUUGACAAGCUUUUACAGGACUGUCGGGGAAAUGACCCUGUGGCUGUGAGAAAAUGAAAAACAAACAAACAAAAAAGACAGCCUGGCAUUUAUUUGCUUCUUCUGCUGAUUAAAAAAAAUCUCCCCUGGUUCUAAAAUUUAUACAGGGAUGAACGAAGACCAAUGCUGCUUUAAGGCUUUUAGUGAACAUCUGAAGUGCCCACAAGUAUGUUCUUUUCACUGCUCUUUCUUUUUCACAGAUAACACUGGUUUCGUUUUGACCAAACUUUCAUUAGGACUGUGUAAUGUAUGUUAAGGAAAGGAAAGAAGGAGGGAAGGAAGGAAAAAUUGGUGCCACUUUGACAAUCUAAUAGAAAGCUAUAAGGAAAAGAAAAAAAGACAAAUGGAACCUGUUAUUUUAAGACUGAUAGUUGAUGUUGACUUCACUGUUUUACCUGUAGACCCCAUAAAAGCAGGGUGGAAUAGUUAUGUGGUUGGUUUCCAGCAGUUGUUACAGGCUUCUACUGAAAAUCCUAAAAUCAGAAACCAAGUAAACAAAACAUUCUUGUAGUAGACCAAGCUACACCAAGCAUUAACACUCAUUUGUGAAAACCAUUUCUGUAUAAAGUUACCUGCCGCCCAAAAAAAAAAAAAAAAAGAUAACAAAAAAAAAAAAAAUAAGGAACCCAAGCAUCCAUUCCAUAGCAUCAUUCAGCAGAACUAUUCUGGUCAUUAGUAACACAGUUCAUGUCAUAUCAAAGUUAAAUGUAAAAUGGUAGAGUCCAUGUUUGUCCUGCACACGCAUAAACUAACUCACGUGGUAAGAAGAGGGGGAAGGGGCUUUAGUGUCCAGAAAAACUCUAGGCUAGCAGUACAUUUUAAACCUGAGGCAUAUUAUGAGAACACAAAUAAUAAUUACCUUUUGUUGGGUAAUCAUAGAGGAGACAAAUUAACAUUAUUAACACCUUUUGUAAUUCAUUUGUGGACACUAAAAUAGCUCAAGUGAGUGCAAGCAUUUCAGACAUCCACACAAAUCCACACACAUCAUUUAAAUGUGCAAAUGUAAGAAGACUCAGUGUGUUUACAUCAAAUGACAUAUUUUUAUUGAUUUAUUGCAGAUUCAGUGCAUUUGAGCCAAAUUGUUGAGUGUAUAAGAGCUAUAUUGUGUAUUUUAUUAAAUUAAUAUAUAGUUGUGUUGCAAAAAAAAAAAAUAUUUGGGCUUAUAAUGUAAAUGGCAAGUGUUGCCUCAGUAGUUGUCAAACUCUAUGAGUUUUGUUCUCUCCUUUUUUUCCCCCUUUCCCCCCACGGAGUGUGGGAAGCAGAGCCUCAGAGCAAAGUCUCUUGUUUAAUGUAUGGUCUACCAAGUACCGCAGUACAUAAUCUGUUCACAAUGUGUCUUGAGUGAGUUGAUGGAGCUGACUGAACGGCAGACAAAUACAUCCAUCAGUCAUGGUUAUGUGCAAGUCCUUGUAGACGCUUCUGUCACAACCCAUGUUUAAUAACAAAAAUUACACUUGACUCAA